AUGGAUAAUUACCGGCCAAUCUAUCAUACCCCUGUAGUAUCCAGAACACUAGAGAAACUGAUUAAGAAUGGUGGGAUGAAGUUCAUCAAUUCGCUGGAGCUAAUAGAUAGAUCAAAGCAUGGUUUCCUGAACAAACGAUCAUGUGUAACCUGCCAAUUACAUUAUCUAAACCAUAUUUCGAAUUCUAUUGACUCAGGAUACGCAAUCAUACUUCUGUUCCUGGACAUGGAGAAGGCAUGCGAUCGAGUGCCCCAUAAACGGCUGCUGAACAAGAUUGCUUCCUUUGGAAUUCAGGACACACUCCUAGGCUGGCUAUUGUCAUACCUGAGCGGCCAUUCUCAGGUAGUUAUUAUAGCCGACCACCGCUCUUCACCAAGUCCAAUCACUAGUAGUGUUAUUCAAGGGAGUGUACUUGGUGCGUUACUGUUUUUGCUCGACGUCAAUGAUAUCAGUGCGGUUAUCAGUCAUGGCAUGCUUUUCCGAUUUGCAGAUGACAUAAAGAUACUCUACAGAUUUCGACGAGCUGAACUUCAAGAUGCACUACUGCUCAUACAGAAAGACCUCCACUCCCUUGAGAAACGCUGUGGCACCUGGAUGAUGAAGUUCUCGGCGAAAAAUUCUGGCAUCAUGUAUUGCGGCUGUUCGAUACCCGAGGGAUCAAUUACACUCAACGACGAACAAAUUUGU